AUGGCGCCUCCGCUCUCGUACGACGAGAAGCUCGCACGCGCAGCGGCGCACCGCGAGGCCGGCAACGCGGCGUUUGUGGGCGGCAGUGCCCAGGGCGCCCUCAAGGAGUACUGGUGUGCGCUGCUGGCGCUGCAAGGCAUCACAGCGGCUUCCUUGUCCCAGUUCCUGGGCCCGAGUGCAGCACAGAUCGAAAAGACCGAGGGCGCAGAGGACGUGGUGACUGAGGACAAGAAGCAGCUGUCGCUAGUGCAGAGCAACAUGGCAGCUUGCUAUCUCCAGCUCAAGAAGCCCUCGCGCGCUCUCGAGCUCUCCACCGAUGCGCUAAAGUCGAACCCGAACAACGCCAAGGCCUCGUUCCGCCGUGCCAAGGCCUUCCGCGAGCUCGGACGCUCCAGAGAAGCGCUCGCGGUGCUCAGAGAACUCGAGGCGCGCUUGCAGGAUCCGGAAGUGGCGCGCGAGCGUGAGCGUGUGGAGAAGGAGGUCAAGGAGAAGGAGAAGGAGGGCAUGAAGGGCUUCAAGGGCCUCUUUGCGAAGUAAUCCAUCGGUCACGCCGACGAGAUGCGUGCUGCCGAGCCUCGCCAAAGGCCGAGUGGCACGCGACAAGCUGCGCAUGCCUGCCCUGUAGCGGUAAGAUGUGAAGCGCCAGGCUCAGACAGACACAGCGGUGACGAAGCGGCGACAGGCUUCAUCGCGGUCUGUGUGAACCACGUAGCGUGAUCCACACGCAGAGCACCAUUCGUGCUCGCAGAGAUGCCCCGUCACAGCCUCAUGUAUCCUGCAGGUGCAUUGCUAAAGCCUC